AUGACGCGGGAGGGGCCUUUGUUUGAGAGCAGCCGCCUACGAGCUGCGCUGAGCGCGGAAGCAGCAGCAGCAAAUUUGCGGUUUACAAAAAUAGUAGAAGAAGCAACUCGAAAGGCAGAAGAGCUGCAAACCCUAACCUCUCUCGUCGCUCAGCUGAGGGAGAAGCUAAGUGAGACAAAGGAAGAACAGCUUUCGCUAAAAGCCUUUAAUGCCUCUAAAGGAAAUAAGCUGAAGGCUUUACGCAGAGAGUUAGCAGCAGAGAAAAAAGAAAAGGAAGAGGAGGAGUCUCGCCUCUUGUCUACUAAGCGUUACAGAGACGGCCUGUAA